UUUUGGAUACUGAAGGAAAGCCAUCAACAAGACAGAAGCCGUCAGACUUCACAACCUUUUGGGAUACUAGAGUUUUGAUAUGCUCAACUGCCUUCAACAAAGAGAGAUAAUAAGCUAGAACCUGCUUUGCCUCUUUUACCUUUGAUCUGUUCUUCACAGCCUUCCAAGGCCACAUUUGGUUUACAAACUUCUUCCACAGCUUUUAACAUCUCAACAUCUGUACUUACCGUCCAUGCUGUUCUUGACAUUCCCAUCUUUUCUGUUAGCCUUUCUAUAUAACUCUUUUCUUUUAUCUCACAACUUGUAAUUCACCUUUUGACCCUACCUUGCCCUUUCUUUAAAAGAUCUGGAAGAGCAUAUCUAAGGAUACAUGUCAUCGUAAGAUCAAUAACUUUGCAAGGAUUUUGUCUUCUGUUGGCAUGCGUGGAUAUUGGGCGCAUGAGCAUACAACAACCAACAAGAUUCCUUCAUUUGUAACGACGGAACUUGAAACUGGACACUUUAUAGAAGCACCAUCCAUGAAGCUUCUCUUCAUUUUAGUGUUUCUUGCCACCCUGCUGGAUAGUUGCUAUAGCCUCCAGAACUGUACCAACCCAUGUCACAAGCAUGCAAAAUGUGAAGUUCGCAAUGGGAUCCAUGGCUGUUACUGUAGCCCAGGAUUCACCGGACCUGGCAUAGAUGCAGAUGACAACAGUGGUUGCUAUGAUGAUAAUGAAUGUGCAAAUGCCACACAACUUUGUGGAGAAAAGGCAAACUGUACAAACACUAUGGGAAGCUACUUCUGCAUGUGCAAAGAUGGAUACAAAUCUAGUAAUGGCAACGCAAGCUUUGUAACCAAUGAUGGUACUUCAUGUAGAGACAUAGAUGAGUGCAGUGAACUGGGAACCGGUGCCUGUGGAGAUCAUGCACAAUGUGACAAUAUGGAUGGAGAAUACAGCUGCACCUGUAACGAAGGUUAUCAACCAUCCACAGGAAAAUUACAGUUUAAGCCAAAUGAUGGCACUUCCUGCCAAGCAUUACCAACAACAACCUGUGAACUAAACAACUGUAUAACUAAAAACCUUAACCAAACUUUAGCUAAAAUUAGUGAAUUAAAAGAUCCUCUGGCUGUAUUACAAGAAAUCAACAAGAACAGCAUAGGGCCCAUUACACCAGUUGAAGUAAUUUCUUAUGUUGAAAUGUUAUCUGUACCCCUUUCCUUGCUGAGUAUCACAAAUUAUACCAUUUCUGAUGAGAAGCUUCGAGAUCAAACUCUUAACGAAUUUGUUAGUACUGUAAAUAAUUUUGUUCAGGAAGAUAAGAAGGCGGCUUGGGAAGCUGUCCCAGCACACAACAGAAGAAAAAGCCUCACCAAAUUGAUUCAUGCUGCUGAGGAAACAACAGCCUUCCUAUCUCAGAAUUUCCCAAAGAUGGCAGAAGUAGAAGUUAAUGUUAGUGAUAUGGCUGUAAGACUUUAUACUUUUGACACAGAGAAGGUGAACCUCAUCAACCAAAAUACUCAGAUGGGAGGAGACAGUAUUAAGGUCUCUGCAAAGAAAAAGGAAAUAUCUGCUGCUAAAGGCACAGUUGCAGUUGUGUUUCUGCGAUACGACAACAUUGGAGCUCUGCUUUCAUUACCACAGAAUUUGUCCCUGGCAGAAAAUACAGAGGAUGGAGAAAUAGUAGGUUCAUCUGUUAUAGCUGUUGCAAUUAGGUCCACCCCACCUGGGCUGUAUCCAGCUGAGAAAAUAAUAUUUACUUUAAAACAUGUACAGACUGUGGGCAAAAAGGAUGUUAAAUGUGUAUUUUGGAAUUAUUCAGAAGACACGAUGGAAGGAAACUGGGCCACAGAAGGGUGUGAGAGGAUUAACUCCAAUAACACACAUACGUCAUGCAGUUGUAACCAUCUUACUCAUUUUGCAGUCUUGAUGUCUUCAAAUGGCUCUAAAGUUGAAGCUAAGGAUUAUAUUCUUACAAGAAUCACUCAGCUUGGAAUUAUUAUCUCAUUGAUUUGCCUCGCCAUGUGCAUUUUCACAUUUUGGUUCUUCAGCGAAAUCCAAAGUACAAGAACAACAAUUCAUAAAAAUCUCUGUUGCAGCCUUUUCCUGGCAGAGUUUAUUUUUUUGAUUGGAAUUAAUAUGAACACUAAUAAGCUAUUCUGUUCCAUCACAGCUGGAUUGCUCCAUUACUUCCUCUUAGCGGCUUUUGCAUGGAUGUGUAUCGAAGGCAUUCACUUGUAUCUUAUAGUUGUUGGAGUAAUCUACAAUAAAGGAUUCUUACACAAGAAUUUCUAUAUUUUUGGCUAUGUAAGCCCAGCAGUGGUGGUUGGCAUUUCUGCUGCACUGGGAUAUAAAUACUAUGGAACAACUGAUGUAUGUUGGCUCAGCACAAAGAAUAACUUUAUAUGGAGUUUUAUAGGACCAGCAUGUCUAAUAAUCCUUGUGAAUUGGAUGGCAUUUGGAGUAAUUAUCUAUAAAGUAUUUCGUCAAACAGCUAUGCUAAAGCCAGAAGUUAGCUGCUAUGAAAAUGUCAGAUCCUGUGCACGAGGGGCACUUUCUCUCCUUUUUCUCCUGGGGGCUACGUGGAUUUUUGGUGUGCUCCAUGUCAUCCAGGGAUCAGUGGCUACGGCAUAUCUUUUCACAAUUUUCAAUGCAUUUCAGGGACUGUUCAUCUUUAUAUUUCUUUGUGUGCUGUCACGAAAAAUCCAGGAUGAAUACUCCAGGCUGUUCAGAAAUGUACCUUGCUGUUUUAGAUGCUUGAGGUAAAUUGAUGGAAAGCCAAGAUGAGCAGCACUGUGGAAGGAAACAGAAAACGAGAGGCUUUCGGAAAAAUUGCUAAAUUGUGAAAGUAUGAAAUGAGCUACUGAGCUGUCAUCUCUCUUAAAUCAAUUAUUUUCUCUCUGGUAUAGGUAUUGUACUUAAAUGUGCACUCAGGCACACUAUAUUGUAUACAAAACUGCAUAUCUGUACAAGACAGACUGGUUUAUUGUGUAACAAAUAAGGCUUCUAAAGACGCCCAGGACUCUUUAGGGCAAACAGCUAAAGCUUGAAAGAGGGAAAAAUGAAUCCAAGGUAUAAAGCUUUUUGUUGUUGUUGGCAAAUUGACUCUUCGUUUCAUAUCUAAUGCUGGGAAAUGAAAUAAUUUCACUUAUUGCUAUUUAAAGAGAAUACAACCCAUUACAGUGUUUAAAAAAGGCUUUACCUGGGUCAAAAUAUCCUAUCCUGCUUUGAAAGGAGCCAAGUUAAGAAAAUAGCAGUGUGUGCAGUUCUUUAGUUUUGGUCAUAAGGAGAAGGCAAUUUUGUUAGCUGAAUGUUUAUGGAAAGUUUGCAGACUUUUAUUAGUUGAGGAUCUUUCAGUUGUGACAAUUGUAAGAUGGGUGGACUUCAACUCGCAGAAUUCCUCAGCCAGCCAUGUUGACUAAGAAAUUCUGGGAAUUGAAGUCCACCUGUCUUAAAGUUGCUAAGGUUGGAAAAAACACCUGUCCUAUAAAAUGGUGGUGCAUACUAAUCAUUCCUUGUCCACUUGGGAGUGGAGGGAGAUUCUUUGUGUCUAUCCAUACAGGGAUAAAAAUAUAAAGGAAAUCUGCCCCACACAGUUCUUUUAAGUCAAUGAUCUGCUAGUGGAGUUUUCUGACAUGGCAUGGUCAAUAGUAAUACAUAGCCUACCAGUAUUCAUUAUUCUCAAACGUUUUACUCAAAACAACCUACAGUAUCUGCAUAGCAAAGAAAAGGUGGGGACUCCUUAUGUUUGACAGAGAUGUGUAUUUAAAGAAAAGCUUUUCUAAUGAAGUACUGCCUUAAAAUAUGCAUUAGGGCAAGGGUCUUCA